AUGCCUCUACCUAACGUCGCCAUCGGGGCUUCACCUCGAAAGGGUAAUCCAAAUCGAAAUGCAGCGAAAGGAGCAAAGAAAAGGGACGGUUUGGAGGCCGCAGACUUUGGGGAUGAUUUCACCCACAGCACUGCAGUGAAGUCUACUGACCAGCUAGAGCUCUCUGAGGCUGAGCUGAAGGAGGAGUUCACCAGGAUUCUCACAGCCAACAACCCUCAUGCCCCAGACAACAUCGUACGUUACAGCUACAAGGAGCGCUCAUUCAAACCUAUCACAGUGGACCAGCUCGCAGUUCAUUUUGUUCUGGAUGGGAGUCUGCUGCACCAGGACUCAGAGGAGGCACAGAGGCUAAGAGCCAAGGAGAGGCUCACCGCAUCUGUGGAGGUGGAACAUGAGGCAGAGAAACCAGAGACUCCGGCGACUCCAGUGGAGGAAGUGGAGGAGCCUGCAGACGAGGACAGACCAGACAGCGCCGCCUCAAAACUAGACAAAAAAGAACCAAAACUCACAAACCAGUUUAACUUCAGCGAGAGAGCCACACAGACGCUCAACAACUCUCUGAGGGAGAGGAGCUGUCAGACUGAGCCUCCUCCAAGAAGCACCUUCUCAGACACAGCCAACCAGUGGGAGAUUUAUGACGCAUAUGUAAAGGAGCUGGACAAACAAGAGAGAAACAAGGACAAACAGAAGAGCAAAAGAGAGGAGACCGAGAAGAGACUGACAGCAGACACACAGGGUGAUGGUCUGAACAAAGUUUCCAAAGCGGCAAAGGUCUUGGAGCGGAUGGUGAACCAGAACAUAUUUGACCCAAUUCUACAGGAUUUUAAAUACUUUGAGGAUCCUGCGGACGAGGGGCGACAGGAGGGAACGCUGCUUCCUCUAUGGAAGUUUCAGUUCGACAAGGCCAAGAAGCUGUCCGUCACUGCCCUCUGCUGGAAUAAGAAGUACCCCGAUCUUUUCGCCGUUGGAAUGGGCUCAUACAAGUUUAACCAUCAGUCUGGUGGGCUGCUCUUGUUCUACUCUCUGAAAAACCCAUCGUACCCGGAGUACUUCUUCUUCACAUGGUCAGGUGUGCUGUGUGUGGACGUGCAUGAGCAGCGCACCCACCUGGCAGCAGCGGGCUUCUACGAUGGCUCUGUGGCUGUAUUUAACCUUCACGUGAAAGGCCAGGCCCCCCUGUACAAGAGCACAGCCAAGAGCGGCAAGCACACCGACCCCGUGUGGCAGGUUCAGUGGCAGAACGACGACAUGGACAACAACCACAACUUCUUUUCUGUGUCAUCUGAUGGCCGUGUGGUCUGCUGGACUCUGGUCAAGAAUGAGCUGGUGCACAGUGACAUCAUCUGCCUGACCGUCAGCCUGUCCGAGAAGGAGACCAUCAAUGCUCUGAUUGUGUUUUCAGCCUGUCUCACCUCUUUUGACUUCCACAAACAAAUCGACUACCUCUUCCUUGUGGGCAGCGAAACAGGAAAGAUCUACAAGUGUUCUAAGAGUUACUCGUGUCAGUACUUGGACGUAUAUGACGCUCAUGUGAUGGCUGUAGAUUCAGUGAAGUGGAACGAGUUUCAUCCCAAAGUUUUCAUGUCCUGCAGCUCAGACUGGACUGUGAAGAUCUGGGACCACACUGUCAGUGCUCCCAUGUUCACCUUUGACCUUCGCUCUGCUGUGGGAGAUGUAUCCUGGGCCCCGUACUCCUCCACUGUGUUUGCAGCUGUCACUACAGACGGGAUAAUCCAUGUCUUUGACCUGAAUGUGAACAAAUACCAGGCUCUGUGUCAACAACAAGUCACCAUCAAGAAGCACCUGACACACGUGACCUUUAACCCCCUGCACCCCAUCCUCAUCGUGGGGGAUAACAGAGGACAUGUGAGCGGCUUUAAACUGUCUCCUAACCUCAGGAAACAGCCAAAGACGAAGAAGCACCAGGAGCAGUCUAAAGGUCCAGAGGUCGAAGUUGCCAAGAUGGAGAGGCUGCUGUCUCUGCUCAGGGACUCAGAACUUAACUCUGUGCACUAA